GCACGCGGAGCCUCCGAGAAGCUUGAGCCGGAGUGGAGUCGGGGCUGAGGGGCACCAUGCUGUCCCCCGAGGCGGAGCGGGUGCUGCAGUACCUGGUGGAAGUGGAGGAGCUGGCCGAGGCGGUGCUGGCGGACAAACGGCAGAUUGUGGACCUGGACGCCAAAAGGAAUCAGAACCGAGAGGGCCUGAGGGCCCUGCAGAAAGAUCUCAGCCUCUCUGAAGAUGUGAUGGUUUGCUUUGGGAACAUGUUUAUCAAGAUGCCUCACCCUCAGACAAAGGAAAUGAUUGAGAAAGAUCAGGAUCAUCUGGAUAAAGAAAUAGAGAAACUCCGGAAACAACUUAAAGUGAAGGUCAACCGCCUCUUUGAGGCCCAAGGCAAACCGGAGCUGAAGGGCUUUAACCUGACCCCCCUCAACCAGGAUGAACUUAAAGCUCUCAAGGUCAUCUUGAAAGGAUGAAAUUCAAGAACCAAGAUAGGGGACCUAAGACCAGGAUCCCCCCCACCCCACACCGGAGUCAUAUAGGACCCAGAACUCUCCAACCUUGAAACCUGUAAGGACAGGAUCUAGCCUGCACUGGGCACAGGCAUUAGCAAUCUGGCCAUGGCUCCUGGAUGCAGCCUCUCUAUCUGUAGCACUUGACUGCUCUGUGACAGCAGGAGGGAACCCUCAGCCCGCCAGUGUCUGCAGGGCCUGACCACUGGGGCUGAAUGGACACAAGACCCAUUGACAGGCCUGGCAGCCACCAGUGGGUGGGUGAGGGCAGCGCCUGUGGGGGUAUGAGAAUGACUGCAACAGACACUUCUCAACAGUGGCCUGCUGUUUAAAUGGGCCCUGGGCAGGGAAGAAGGGAGAGGGAAGAGUGGGAGCUUCAUUCCAGCAUUCCUCUCAGAAAGGGAGACACACAUUUUCAAGCAGCGUGCGUAACAGAAUUGGGAUAGAGCAGGAGGCUCACAGGUAGUUUCUGAAUGAAGGACAGAAUCUUGGUGCUUCGUGGUUCACCACACUCUCUGUGGAGCAGACAUACCGUUUCUCCCCACUGGUUCCAUUUUGGCCUGUUUUCCUGCUUGCUCCCAGAUGGAGCCCAGAGUAGGUAGGUGCUGCUUACCAACCCCCCGCAGCUGCUCUUUCAUCAGGAAGGCCUUGCGGAGUCCUGCACCAGCGAUGGGUGAGGAGACUGCCUCUUACCAUGCUUCAUGCAUCCAGGAUGCCCCUCCACCACCUCUGGAAGCAGGGCCGGGGCCAGCGCUGCUCUCAGAUUUCCCUUGGUCUCAGGUCCUAAUGUGAAUGUGCUGUGAAGGCAGCACGGUGUCGUUCCUGUUCACUGAGAGCUCAAUAAAGGUUACCUAAAUGGAUGAA